GCGCCUGUGUGGGGUGCGGGAGCGCGCAGCCAGCCAGCAGUCUCAUCGCCGCUGAGUGACUGAGGUGAGGAGCGAGCGAACAAACAGACGCGGAUGAUGCAUUUUUUGCUCGCUUUUCGCAUAACUCGGGCACCUUCCGUGCCUCAACAUCGGCCUUGUGGGGAAGACGACGCUGAUCGGGUGUUCGAUACUCUUCGAUAAUCUUCUACCAGACGGUCUUCUCCGUCGCUUAGGAAGACAAAGAGGAGUCCGGCGGAGGUAAUGUGUGUCGUCUCCAGGGGUCCUCCAUCAUUUUUACAGCGGCCCGACCCCUUUUGCCCACUUUGGACUGUUGGACAGACGCCGGGCAGGAAGCCACUUCUUGUGAGGAAAUGAACAGCUCUUGUGGAGAGUGAGCGGCUGCACGGAAGCAUUGAGCGUGUUGUCAAAGGCAACCGGCCCGGAUCUGCCACCCUCUUCCACUCGUGGCCCCACUGCCGUGUCCUCGCCCCGCUGUGGCCUUCCCAUGUAGGAUGCCUGCCUCGUCCGACGCCCUGCGCCCCCUCCUGCCCGUCACCACCUCCUCCUCCUCCUUGCGUGCGCCCGCUUUUGCCAACAGUUCAUUGCGGCCCCCGAGGCUGUGCCCCGCCCCUCUCCAACAUGGCGGAUGACAUCAUCAACGCCAACACGUUGGCUUGGCUGGUCUGCUCGGGCGUGUCCAUCCUGGCCAACACGUGGAGCAUCCUCAGCGUCAGCGCAAAGCAGAAGAAGUGGAAGCCGCUCGAGUUCCUCAUCUGCACGCUGGCUGGGACGCACAUCCUCAACAUGGCCAUCCCCAUCACAAUGUACUGUGUCAUAACGCUGCGCCGUCAGCACUCCAACUAUGAAUGGAACGAGGGCUUGUGUAAGGUGUUUGUGUCCACCUUCUACACCCUCACGCUGGUCACCUGCUUCUCCGUCACAUCGCUUUCUUAUCACCGCAUGUGGAUGGUACGCUGGCCUGUCAACUACAGGCUAAGCAACACCAAGAAGCAGGCGGUGCACACAGUGAUGGGGAUCUGGAUGGUCUCUUUCAUCCUGUCCACUCUUCCAGCAGUGGGCUGGCACGACACCAUCGACCGCUUCUAUACUUCUGACUGUCGAUUUAUUGUGACAGAGAUUGGCCUGGGGUUUGGGGUUUGCUUCCUGCUCUUGAUUGGAGGUAGCGUGACUAUGGGUGUGAUCUGCAUCGGCAUUGCUCUCUUCCAGACCUUCUCCAUUCAGGCAGGCCACAAAGCGGACAAGAACAAGUUUAACGUCCCCACCAUUGUGGUGGAGGACGCCCAGGGCAAGCGCAGAUCCUCCAUUGACGGGUCAGAACCUCUUAAGACUUCGCUGCAGAUCACUUACCUGAUCAGCGGUAUUGUCUUCAUCUAUGACUUUCUCACCGGCUUCCCAAUACUGGUGGUGAGCUUUGCCAGUCUGAAGUUCGACCGCUCUUACAACUGGAUGGUUGUGUGUGUGCUUUGGUGCUCCAUUGUGCAGUCCAUCUUGCUGCCCAUGUUCCUUUGGGCUUGUGACCGCUAUCGGGCCGACAUCCGCAUGGUGUGGGACAAGUGCGUGGCCAUCAUGUCCAAUGACGAGGUGGACGAGGAAAACAGCCAAGAUGGAGGAAUUCAUGUCGACUUAAUAUAUGACAGACCAUAUGACUAUAGCUCAGCGCCUGAAAUUGUGACCGUAGACCGUAAUGCCAAGUAUGAGUUCUCAACCUUAGAAAGGGGGGUCCCGCAAGGGUAUCCAAUGAGGGAACAGCAGGAAGAUAAAAUGCAGUAUUUGCAGGUGCCCCCUACAAGAAGAUACUCCCACGACGAAACCGACAUGUGGACCAACGACCGGAUACACCCCUCCUACCUUCACCGCUGGGGCUCCAGCGAGGACAUGAUAGUGAGUGGCCGCUACAGCUCCACCUUGCCGCGCCGCGAGAGGCGCAGGAACAGCCUGGUCUCCUACCACGAGGAGAGCCACCAUCAUCAUCAUCAGCAGCACCAGCAGCACCUUCAUCGCAAGCGGCGGCGCUCUGAGGACACGUACUCUCUCAAGCACCUGCCGCGCGUGGCGUGCGGUGUCUACGACUACCGCGACGACAAUCCGCGUUGCUUCAGCCGCGACGAGGUCAUCAACUUUAUCGACGAGACGCCGCUGCCGAGCCCCAGAAACAGCCCGCGGCGCGCGUCCUGCACCGUUGCCCUCAUCCCCGACGUGUACGAGCGCCACGCCGUCAUCCUGCCUCACUUUGCGCUCACAGACUUCGAACGCGAGCCUCACGCGCUCAGGCGUCUUUCGGAACACAAAAGCUCGCCCGAUGGGACGAGCUGUCACGGGAGGUCCGGGAAAGGGGGCCGGGAGGUAGGCUCGCCUGCGAGGCUCACCCGACGGACUCCCCCACCUGCUUGUAGGUCCAAGGCGCGUGCAGCGGACGACUGGUCCCUGCGCAGGCAGCCGAGCUUGGGGGACAGCAAAGGAGGCACAAACAGUUUUGUAAGAACACCCUCGGCAUCCUCUUCGGGAUAUAUCACCUUUCACUCAGAUUCCGGUGGCUCUGCUUCCUGAAACAACAUUUCCCUAUAAAUUGUGACUUUGUCUUUGGUUUCAUCGCGGCCACUCCCUUUUUGAAAUUUGUGCAAUGACUGUUUAACCCUCCUGUUGGACCUGUUUCAUUGGUCCACCAAAAAAUGUUCGUGGGUCUAUAUGACCAGCUGCAUGUUUAAACCUUAACAAAAUAAUUAAAACACACACACACACACACACUUUUGCACACUGACUUCAACUUUAGUGCACAACAACUAAGAAAUUGUGACCAUGUUUAACUCUUCACCCCGGUCAAAAUAAUGACUCCAGCCUUUGGUAAAAGUCUUCUGAAGUGCCACAGCUAUCCAACUAGGAAAAAAAUCCAGCAUUUCUUUUUUGUGCCAUGACUUUUUCUGUUGUUUGAAUGGCAACAGGUUUAACAUAUCUCUUACUAUCUAGUGGAAGAGCAUUUUAUUGUUCUGCCUGGAACAAUAUGCAUUCAUAUAUUGAUGAAUUCUAAUUGACAGCAAAUCGGGAAUUAAACCACAGCACAGUGACUCCAAACACCCUGCAGUUGAUCUCUGUGUACUCAUUACACUUUUUUUUUAUGUAAACAGGAACACAUUUGAUGACAUUUAA